AUGGCUGGUGUCUUCUUCGCCACGUAUAGCACCUUCAUCCGCAAGAACACCGUUCUGCUGACCACUGCGUUUGCCGGUGCUUUCGCUUUCGAGCUGUGGGUUACAUCCGCUUUUCCACCAUUCAGUGCAUUCGAUAUCGGCUCCAACAAGAUCUGGGACUCCUGGAACCAGGGUCGCCAAUGGAAGGACAUCAAGCACCGUUACAUGGUUAAGGAGGAGGAAGAUGACGAGUAA